GACCAGUUUGAUAAUCUGGACAAACACACCCAGUGGGGCAUCGACUUUAUUGAACGCUAUGCAAAGUUUGUCAAGGAGAGGCUGGACAUAGAGCAGACCUAUGCCAAGCAGCUAAGGAACUUGGUGAAGAAAUACUGUCCUAAACGCUCUAAAGAAGAGGAGCCGAGGUUCACAUCAUGUCUGUCUUUCUACUCCGUACUGAAUGAACUCAACGACUACGCCGGGCAGAGGGAGGUGGUUGCCGAGGAGAUGUCUCACAAGGUGUACGGAGAGCUGAUGAGGUACAGCCAAGACUUCAAAGCUGAGAGGAAGCAUCAUCUACAGGAGGGCAGGAAGGCCCAGCAGCAUUUGGAUCAUUGCUGGAAACAGAUGGACAAUAGUAAAAGGAAGUUUGAGAGGGAGUGUAAAGAAGCAGAGAAAUCCCAGAUUACCUAUGAUCGGUUAGAUAAUGACAUCAACGCCACUAAAUCUGAGGUGGAGAAGGCCAAAGCCCAGUUCUACCUGCGCACCCACAUGGCCGACGAGAGUAAGAACGAGUACGCCGCUCAGCUACAGAACUUCAACGGAGAGCAGUGGAAAAAUUUCAACAAUGCCAUACCACACAUCUUCAAGAAUCUGCAGGACAUGGACGAACGUCGGACGGUAAAGCUCGGUGAGACGUACCGGAGCUUUGCCGAGGCGGAGCGCAGAGUCAUUCCCAUCGUCUCCAAAUGUCUAGAAGGGAUGGUUUCUGCUGCCAAAGCUGUCGAUAGCCGAAAGGAUUCAAUAAUUGUGGUGGAGUCGUUUAAAUCGGGCUUCGACCCUCCAGGCGACUUCCCCUUCGAGGACUUCAGUCAGCAUCUGAGCAGGUCAGGUUCAGAUGGGACCAUCAGCAGCACACCCAAAGUAGAGAGAGAACGAGAGGCCCCGGCGCCACGGUCCGACCCUAAACACCCCAUGAGCAAAACCAAGAACAAGCUGUGGCUGUUUGGGAAGAAACCAAAGUCUCCUUCCUCCUCUCCCCCUUCACCACCUUCGUCUUCCCGUUCCCGGUUCAGCACUGACUUAGUGAGCCACUAUCUCUCUGAGAUAAAGACUACACCCAGAAAGCCUCAGAAUUUGAAAGGCCUGAGACGAGGGGUGAGACAGGAGGCCCCAUCUCUGGAGGAUUACAGCCACUUACCGCCCGAGCAGAGGAGGAAGAGGCUGCAGCAGAGGAUCGACGAGCUCGGAAAAGAGCUCCAGAAAGAGAUAGAUCAGAGAGAUGCCCUGAACAAGAUGAAGGAUGUGUAUGAGAAGAAUCCACAGAUGGGAGACCCCAUCAGCCUGCAGCCCAAAAUAUCAGAGACUAUGUGUAACAUGGAGAAGCUGCGCUCAGAACUCCACAAAAACGAGACUUGGUUAUCGGAGGUGGAGGGGAAGCAGAGCUCCAGAGGAGACAGACGACACAGCGCCGACAACCACCAUCACACUCCUCAAGGCAGAGAGAGUCCUGAGGGCAGUUACACAGACGACACCACGCAGGAGCAUCAGACGCCUCAGAAGCGCACGACCCCUCCAAAGCCCGGGCAACCCAACCCCGACCCGCACGAGUUUGACGACGAAUUUGACGACGACGACCCGCUGCCGGUCAUCGGACACUGCAAAGCGCUCUACUCCUUCGAUGGUCAGAACGAGGGGACACUGGUGAUGGCAGACGACGAGGUGUUGUACAUCAUCGAGGAGGACAAAGGCGACGGCUGGACGAGGGCGAGGAAGCAGAGCGGCGAGGAGGGCUACGUCCCAACCUCCUACGUAGAAAUCACCAUGGAGAAAAACAGCAAAGGUGCUGUCACCUACAUCUGAGUCUAACACUGUGUUCUCAUCCUGUCUGUCGUCCUCUCCAUCCUCCCCGUUUUCUCUUUCUCAAAAUAACACUACAACAAGGAAACAAAGACAGCAUCUCCACAUCUGCAUGGACAGUUAUCUGUUUUCUGACUUCCAUCUCAUCUCUCUAUCCCCCUGUGUAUCCCACUUACUGUAAUCAUUCGUCCUCCUGUCAUAUCUGUGGGACUGGUGUAUCAGAGGUGAGUGUAAGAGAACAGAGACAAAUAGGAAAACCCUUUUUAAAUGGUGUGUGUGUGUGUGUGUGUGUGUGUGUGUGUGUGUGUGUGUGUGUGUGUGUGUGUGUGUGUGUGUGUGUGUGUGUGUGUGUGUGUGUGUGUGUGUGUGUGUGUGUGUGUGUGUGUGUUGAGGCCACACCUCUUUUUAUCGAUCAAAGUUUUUAAGUUGUAUGUAAUAUAUUAGAAAUGAUCUAUUUUUAAUUAUUUUUUAAUGUUUCUUUUUUUUUAAUGGAGAAUUUUAAAACUGAUUUUAAGCUCUUUGGAUUCAUGUGUUCAUCUGUGUUUAUUUCGGUCUGACUGCAGUGUUGGUAGUGUUGUAUCAUACCUUGACAGGGGUUUGCCUGAUCUAGCAUUAUUGUCAACAAAUCUAAUGCAAAACAACUAAACCAACAAUGUUAUCUAUAUCUUACAAAACAGGUCCAAAAUAGUACAUAGUAUAUUCCAUUUACUUUAAAAUCCUUAACACUCACUGAAACAGCAAGUCACUGUAGUUCUCUGUGGACAUUUAUUAAAAAUAGUGCAUUUCUCAGACUAUUUUCAGCUACUAGCAGCACAUUUUAGUGCAAGCAAUAAACCUGCAUUAGACACAGUCACCUGUCAGAUAACUUUUACAAGUUGCAGUGCCAAAAUAUGUAAGGAAAAUAAAAAAUAAAAAGUUUUAAAUCUGGCACGCCAUGAUGAUGAUGUGGGAAACAAUCUGGCAUUAAUUUAAUAUAAUUUAGACAUUUUAUUUAAAUACAUUUUUAAUAUGAAUACAUAAUUCACUCAUUAACUGACUUAAAUGAUUAGGUCAUACUUGUGUUUUGCCCUGUAUAGUAAGUAUUAUGUACCUUUUUAGUAUUUUUGGCAGCACAGAGUAAUAAAAGACACAUACAGUAGGCUUAAUUCAUUUGUUAAGCUAUAAGAAGAAAAUACAUUUAUAACCAGCCGCAUUCUUCUUCUUGUAUUUGGUUACAUUUGUGCGUGAGAGCGAACUGCAGCACCGGAUGUUGUAGUAACUCCCUCUCUCCUCUAUGUGACUGCAGGUUCCUGAGGGCUGCAGGGUGGCCGGGCGAUUUGAUUGGCUGGUGGAGGGCUCACGCUGAUUGCUGAUUAUUGGUGGUGGGGGUGACACAAGAAAAGAGAGAGGUAGAGAGGGAAAGAGAUGAAAUAAAGACAGGUUGCAUGUUGCAUGCUCACAUAUCCAUAACCAGCAAAGCAUUCUGGGUUACUAGAGGCUGUGAUGGCUACCCUCCAUCACAUCAGGGGGGGGAACAUACUGGUGUUCUGCUCCCUGAGGGUUCAAACACUGUUUGACAGCAAAUAGAAACCAACUGCUGCUACGGCCUCACUAGUUAUGUUGUGUACAGUAAAAAUACAUGCCUAAUUGAAAGAUUGAGCUCACGGAGAACAGUAUGGUACCAGGACUUCCUCUUAUUGGUUGUGGAUUUAUAAUUUAAUGACAAAGAGGAACAUUUCCAGGAAACGUUUUCUGUGGGCCUUUUGUUGUGGGCGACCAUUAACACUUAUUUUGCUUGUUUUUGCUUAAACUAAUGGGUUCCUUAAAUCAUUAAAGAGCAUUUUGACAAGAGAUUCUCAUCACAAAAAAUAACACGGCAACUUUAAUUAAUGAAAUAUGGCCGAAAGCUUCGGAAAGAUCUAGUAAGUGAACCUUGUGAUGAGCUUUUUUUGGUCAAAGUUCUAUUUCCAAAGAAUGGACCCUUAACCUCAAAGUAGCUUUGAGCUGUCUCAUAACGACAUUUUCAAAGUCCCACUUGCCAUUUAUUCUAAAAUGUAUUUGUAAAAUAAUCUUAUAUUUCCAUACUAUAUUCUCCGAAUAGACAAACUGUUCCCCACUACUUUUGGUCCAGCUACUCAAGAGAGGGUAUCAGUGAAUUCUAAACUCAGACUCUCAGGGUUUGUCACAUUUGUUAGGGUCAGUUAUGCUUACAGUAUUUGCUAACACUAACAAUGUCAGUCCUGCACUCAUCCCUGUUGUCAUCAUCUGUGCUCUGUUGGUGAUGUUUGCCUGCCCGCCCGCCUGAGCCACUCUGCUCCUCAUGCCUGCCCUCACCCUCAUACAGCCGCAUGUCCUUAACGUGUCCCAAACAUGAUCACACGUUUCAUGUGUGACUUUAACUGCAACUAUAUGAGUGUGUGUAACUUUGGAUGUGAGUUGUGUGUUGAAUGCUGCAUCAUCCCGGUGUAUUUUGAUGUCCAGCAUGAGUAUGAUUUUGUGCAUUUAACGUCAUUAAGUUACUCAUUAGACAGAUAGCAGGCCGAUCAGGUGAACACAGGACCUCUCUACCACUCUUUCUUUUCCCAUCUUUCCUAUCCUUUACUUCCUGGGUUCUACUACCCCCAUUUGACCAGCAGAUGGAAACCUUUGCUCACAAAACCAUGGCUCAUCUUAAGUUGAACUGGACCACCUUAAACAACACUAAACAUGGAGGAGCACCAAUUUUUUUUUGCAGUCAGACUCUGCCUUAAAACUCCAUUUUGUUUUACUUUGGAUGGAUUUUUGGAUGUCUCCACUCUUCUGCCUGACCACAUCUCCCAUCAGCCACCUGGGCUCAGCCUUACCUCCUCGGGGACUCUCAACUGCAUCUCCAUUAUCAAAAAAGUUUUUUCCCAUCUUAAUUGGUUGUAUUUGUGAAUGUGACCACAGAUGCACACAUGUAUCAGUGAUAUGUAAACACCCUAUGGAAGGCCAAAUGGGCCGAAAACACAUGUUGAAUUUUGGCACGUUUGGCUUUCCAUACUUAAUAGUAUGUAAGUGUGUCUACAUGUGCCUGCGUUACAUGUGUGAUGUUAGUUUUUACCAUUGAAUGAAUUGUAAAUAUUAACAUCUUUUAUGUCAUGCUGAAUGUUUUUCCAUAGUGAUUGUUUUUAGGUUUGUUUGACACUCUUCAUGACAGACAACAAGGUUUGAAUUGAACUGAUGCACUUUGCCCUGAAGUACUACAGCAUUUGAAUCUGAUUAAAUGAAUUAAAGCGAAUGAAUGAAUGAAUGAAGGUCUGUGUUGUCUGCUGAGAGGCGUGAACUUAAUGAAUGACCACUGUAUAGCAGCGAGAAACAAAAACGGCUCUAAUAAUUUCCUCUUCCUGAUGGUUUUUAUACUCUUUUUGUAACUCUUGACGAGCAAUGACCCACCUUUUUUUUUGCAUGGUUUUCUAGAUUCUUUACAUUAAUUCUUUGUGUGUUUUGGUGAUUGUUUUAACCAUUCACUUUCUCAACAAAACACAAUUGAGGUUUGACUGUUCUGUUGAUGCUAUUUAAGACAAAAAUGCCACUAAUAAUUCAGCUGCUUUGUGGUUCUUAACAGCAGGAGGCUCCGUAGUGGUCAGUGUUUCUUCUAUGAAGCUGUGAAAUGUACAGAAUGAUGCUGUCGGGGAUGUUACUUGAACUUCAGUCACAGUUCUCCAAAUGUUCUCUCCUAUCCGGGUCCAUUUUGCAUCGGAUAAAAACAAUAGAAGUUUGAGAGAAAUUAGCUUUCCACAACAUAGGACUUUUUACCAUUGGAACAGAACCAGGCUAGCUGUUUCUCUCUGCUCCCAGUCUCUAUGCUAAGCUAAGCUAACCGACUGCUGGCAGUAGCUUCAGAUAUACUGUAAAGGUUUGAGAGUGGUGUAGAUCUUUUCAUCCAACUCUUCACGAUAAAAAAACUUUUCCCCCAAAAUAUCCAACAGUUUUUUUCCCCUCUACUCGAUAUUUUUUUAGCCUGGGGAUGCAAAAUGGUGCAAAUGAAAAUAACCCAUUCCUUCACUUUGGUUUGAAAUAAUGAUGCCUUGUAAACGCAUACAUCGAUCUAUCAGUGCUUUCAAUUUUGUGUACACAUCUGUCGUCAUGGUUAGUUACAUCUGCUAGCCUGCUUGCUUUUCUUUAAAAUUAGCUAUAACUACAUGUGUUUUGCCUUUUUUGAAAACUAAGCCGUGACAUAAGAUGCGUGCAGUAAAGUGUUGCAUAUUAGAUUUAUUUUUGUUCCAAUGGCAAUACAGUCAUAACGUCGAAUCACAUUUCUAUGGUUAAGCAGUCGUGGGUGCAAAUAGUUGUUUUAAACUUUUUAUUUGCUAUUUUUGAUUAAGUCUAUAAAUUGUCAAAUGAAAUCAUGAAUAAUGCCUAUCAAUAGUUCUAACAGCCCAUCGUGAUGUCUUCCAUUGUUGGUUUUGUUCUACAAACUUUCCAAAACCCAAAGAUAUUCAAUUUACAAUAAUAUAGAAGAUCAGCACAUUUGAGAGUUUUUGUUUGCUAAAGGGCAUGGGGGAAAAAAAGCAAACCACAUCAGUUCAAGCACUAAAACCACUACAUUGCUUGUAAUUGAAUAUUAUUUUAUGGUGGAAAAGAUAAUCCACUGACAUGAAGAUAUAGGCAGUGAUAAACAAAACAGUCCUCUCUGUUUCCUGCUGAAUUUGUAUUGAUGUUGCCAUGAUGAUGCUUGUAUAACAUUUAUACUAACUCUUAAACAGACGGUACACUCGAAAUGUUUCAUAUUCUUCAUUUUCAGACCUAUUUGGAGUGUACUGUCCCUUUUAAUCAAAGAAUACAUGUCAGUAGAAACGCAGCACCUUUGCAAUCAGUCAAACUUAGAAACAUUUUCUUCUUAGUCAAUUAAUAUACAUAUAAAAACUUUGAGCUCAGUAAAUGUUAUAGCCACUUAACUGUACUUCUGGAUAUUAUGCAAAAAUAGAUAACAAAGCAGCUUUAAUAAAGUUCUUGGAACGGUUCUUUAGUGAAACCUGCCAUGCUGUGAGUGGGGUGCUGUUUACCACCCAGAAAAAAAACACACUUCUACAUUCCUCUUGUUUUUGAACGCCGAUCAUGUUUGUCUUGUGGAAGCUCUGUACAGAUUAUUCUCUCAGCUCUUUAACUCACGAUAAAAACAUUUUUUUUAUCAGCAUCAACAUCCAAUCACAGUAAAUAAAAACAGCAGCAGGUACAAGGUGAUUCUGAAUGAUGUUAACAUCCAUGUAAAUGUUUUUUUACCAUGUUGUAUGUUGUAAUAACCAAUGGCAGUACUUCCCUUUCCAUAUUGUUGUGCACAUCUUUUUACUUUGAAUGUUGUCAGACACUUUGUUUUUUCUUCUUCCAAGAAAUUGUUCUAAUAAAAUAAGCAGCAAUGGAAA